AUGUCAGACCUCCCCAACCCUCCCUACGAUCUCAUCAUCCUCGGCGCCUCCGGCUUCACCGGAAAGUACGUCGUCAAAGAAGCCCUCAAGUUUCUCAUUCUCAACACUCCCUCCUCACCUCUCAAGUCUCUAGCCUUAGCCGGCCGCAACCCCACCAAGCUCUCCCACACCCUCAACUGCCGCCGCCUCUGCUCCCAAACCCGCCUCGUCCUCAACUGCGUGGGGCCCUUCCGACUCUACGGCGAGCCCGUCGUCGCUGCAUGCGUCGAGACCGGCUGCGACUAUCUCGACAUAUGCGGAGUGCCGGAGUUCAUGGAGAGAAUGGAGGCCAGUUACUUUGAUAAGGCGGCGGAGAAGGGCUCUCUGGUCAUUUCGGCUUGUGGGUUUGACUCUGUUCCGGCGGAGUUUGGGCUCAUGUUUAACUCGAGGCAGUGGGUGGGGGCGGCGGUGCCGAAUAGGGUGGAGGCUCACUUGAGCUUGGAAUCUGACAAGAGAAUUGCCGGUAACUUCGGGACGUUUGAGUCGGCGGUGUUGGGUGUGGCCAAUGCCGAUAAGUUGAUGCAGCUCCGGCGGUCCAGACCCAAAAAGCCGAGGCCACAAUGAUUUUUAGAAGUUCAGUACUUCUCUCUAUGUCUGAACCAAUUUGGCAAUUUUUUGGGCCAACUGCUGGAACGGGAACUGUAAUACAGUCAAAGAUGUAUCUACCAAGAUAUUAUACCAUACCGACUCUAACUAGCUAUGUUGGCCAUGGUGAUCCCUACCCCACGAGGACAAAACCUUGAAGAAUGGGGAACAAUAUGACAUACUCUCGACAAGGCUAGUUGUUGAUGGAUUUCAUGAAUGCACUAAGGAACAAGUGAAGCAAAUGAUAUCAAAGCACGAAUCUAUAUUCAAACAUCAGCUCAAUGAACCUCAUCGUCAUUACGUAAGGCAAAAGGACUUGAUGAAUGAGAUAAAAAGCAAUGAGUUGUUCAAACAUCAAAAAGCAGCAGCGGCAUCACAAUUACCUCUUUUUUCAUCUGGUUUCCCUUGGUUAGUUCUGAUUUAUCAUAAAUUAUCUAUGUCGACUACUGGUAUCAGCAGCCAACGGCCAACCAUAUUGUAAUUCUAUUGCAAACACCCAGCCAACCAGUUGUGGCCCCAGCCAAUGUGGAGUCAAAAAGCUCCAGCGGAGAUUGUUCAACCUGGAACUUCCCGCUGAUGAAUAUAUCAGUGAUGGAGAAGAACCAGAAGGAGUUUUAUUGGGAUCAGCAACCGAAACUAAUCCUCCUAUCUGGAGAAAUGAAGCUAAAUGUUAUUUGAUCGCAAUGGUGAAGCAUCUAGCCAAUAAUAGUGGUCCUUUGAGCUCUGGCUUGUAUUUAGAGAGAAGCUAUUUGACCACUCUGAAUGAACCCAUCCAGGUUGACAAAAUGUCUGCCUUCACAACGGUGUCUGGCCUUUGGCAAAGAAGUUUCCAGAGAAUACAAUUUAGAAAGGAUAGAGGAGUUAGUACUCUGCAUUUGAAGAAUGAAAGCAACCAAAAGGAAUGGUUAACAAAUGCUCCCAAGGCGGAUCAAACAAAAAUUUAUUUGGGUGGAAGCUUUGGCCUUCCUGAUUCUAAGAAGCCUUGUGAACCAUCAUGUACUGAAACUAGGAAAGCAUGUGAGCCUGCCAAGAGGACAAUUUUCGGUAUAGAAAUCUCAGACAGAGAUUUACAGUCACUGCUGAGGCUUCUAAGUCUUAUGUGGCAACCAUUUCCGAGUCACUUCCUACCAACUGGACAUCAAUUCAAGCAAACAGUUUUACAUCCACACGCUCUAAUAGGGCUUCAAUUGUGUUGCAGCAGAAAUCUUACUUGAAUCAUGCACAUCCGUUCCUCCUCUCUACAAGAUUGUCAACAAAAGGAUGUUAAGCAUGCAUCAAGAGAAAAUCAGUGGCAGCCAUAAAUGUCAACCAAAGAGGUCAACAUGUCAACCAAAGUGGUUAAUUGCUUCUUUCAAUUCACACACAUCCAUAUGCUACAAUAAAAUCAGUGAAGAUGGCCGAGAGAAGUGGCAAUGAGAAAGCAAGUGAGGGGUAGAGGAGAUGGAUAGAGGCGUUGGUGGUUUGCCAUUGGAGAAAGAAAGGGUCGGGAAUGGUGUUGGUGCUUGGAUCGGGUGGAAGGAGUCGGAACUCAAGGCGGUUGACUUUGGGGUGUUGAGCAAGGAACAAGGAGAUGUGGGUGGACUCUGCAGCAGACACAGGAGGGGAGGCCGUUAUCAAGGUGACCAGGCAGUUCUGGGAGGAGGAGAGCAUGGAAGCGAGGAGGAGGAAGGGGGUCAGGUGGCCCAUUCCGGCGCAUGGGAAUAGAGCUAUGUGAGGAAGAAGAGGCUGUGCAUGAGAAUCUUUUGAGUUAGA